GCUGGCAAUUGUUGCUUGUACCUACAAAGUAUCGCAUCUAGUCUUGGUUUCCUAAACUCUCUCUGUACCACACUCUCCAGAACCCCAGACAGAACCGACAUUCGUUCUGUUGGACCUUCAGCCGCGCCUUUGGGUACCAUGGGUGCUGGCAGCAACAGAAAGUUUAUUUGCACGAGGGAUUUUACUCGCGCAGCAGGGACAGCCAAAUAAAAGCCAACGUUUCCCGCACAAAAUCGGGCACUGUGCCUGUUGCAGACAUCUUUUAGCAAAAAAUUAUUCUUGGGAUUUUGAUUAUGAUUUUUUAAAUUUUUUUCUCAGCUUUACUUACUCAACUCUGUUCUUUCGGUUUCUCGGCCCACUCAGAGCGAUUCCAUACUGAUACGCGCCAUUUCUUGGUGAACAUAGCGAUUGCCAGCGGGUCAUACCUCACAUCUGACCGCAGGUGUCUCUGCAUUGAUUUUAGGUUUGUCGUCAAAAGAGGGAUUCUAACAGGCAAUGUGCAGGAAGAUGGAAUUCACGACAGUGACGUGUCCUGAUCGCGCGAAGUGUUGGUGUGCUGGAUCACUAUACGACCUAGCCGAGUUUUCAAGUGUUGGUGUGCUUGCUCCUUUGAAAUGGUAAUUAGGCCAAAUUUGAAGAUCCUCCGUUCUGUUUCGACUAAACAAGAGUACUAUCUUCAGCCUCGACUUGUGAAACCAGCGCUGAUCUUCGCCCCACUAGAGCAGACAUGCAACCUACUCAAAUUAUUUCACAUCGGCAGAAUGAUCAUCAGAUAAAGGUCUUGUGGAGAACGACAGCUCUGGAAAAGAAGUG